AUGUCGACAUGCCCUAUAGAAUAUCAUUUAAGUGUGUACAUUCUUCCAUUCUUUCUCGUUUUCAGAUUAACUGAGGCACACAAGAAUGCGAUCCGAGCGAUCCGGAAAAUAAAAUAUUUCGUAGCCAGGAGGAAGUUUCAACAGGCGAGAAAACCGUACGACGUCAGAGAUGUCAUCGAACAAUACAGCCAGGGUCAUUUGAACAUGAUGGUCAGAAUAAAGGAAUUGCAAAGGAGAUUGGACCAAACUCUGGGUAAACCAGGUAGCUAUUUAGCUGGAAUUGACAAAGUGGGAAACGUAAAACACAUGACCGUUGGUGCUAGGUUGUACAGGGUAGAGCAACAGUUGGGAUCACUAGAAAAAAAGUUAGAUUCAGUAAUUAGUAUUAUUACCGUUUUAGCACAAAACCAACAAGUAGGAAUUAAAUCAGAAGAAAACGCUUAA